CCAAGCCAAAGUGGAGUGGACUCCCCCCAAACUCCUCGCAGACCGGAGAGAGAAGUUUUACAGAGAGAGAGAAGGGGAGAGAUCGCGGCGGGCGGGCGGGCAGGCAGCCCGUGUGUGUGUGCGUGCGGUCGCGUAAUCGCUGUCGCAUUCGUUCCUCCAGACCUCCACCUCCUCUCCCCAGCGGCAGCGGCGCCUCCAGAGAAACCCGAGCACCAAAUCCUAACCACCGCCUAAUCCCCGCCCACCACCGCCCCCCACGCGUCGCGGCGCUUCCACCGCACGCCAGAUCGGCGGCGCGCACCGCGGCGGCGGAGGCGGAGGCGCGCGCGGGUCUGGAUCCAAUGCGGGCGCCGCUGCUUCUGUGGUAGUGGCUGCAGCUGCUGCGGGGGCGGCGCUGGUUGGCUGGCUGCUUGAUGCGGACGAUCUGAAGAGGAGGAGGGGGCGCGGCGGGGAUGGCGGCUGCGGCGGGGGCGGCGCCGAGCGGCGGCCCGGUAUUUAAGAGUGGCCCUCUCUUCAUAUCAUCCAAAGGAAUUGGAUGGAAAUCUUGGAAAAAGCGCUGGUUCAUCCUCACCCGAACAUCGCUGAUUUUCUUCAAGAAUGACCCUAAUUCCUUACCCCAAAGAGGUGGUGAAGUGAACGUUACUUUGGGAGGAAUUGACUUGAAUAAUUCUGGGAGUGUAGUGGUCAGGGAAGACAAAAAGUUAUUGACUGUCCUAUUUCCAGAUGGUCGUGAUGGUCGUGCUUUUACCUUGAAGGCAGAAACAUCUGAAGAUUUGCUUGAGUGGAAAACGGCAUUGGAAGAAGCUCUUGCACAGGCUCCAAAUGCAGCUCUCGUGAUUGGACAUAAUGGGAUAUUCCGUAAUGACACACCAGAUGCAUACGAAGGAGCAGCUCCAAAUUGGAGAGAGAAGAGGCCUACCAAAUCCUUGGUUGUUGGAAGGCCAAUUCUUCUUGCACUAGAAGAUAUUGAUGGCAGCCCUUCUUUUCUAGAAAAAGCUUUGUGUUUUCUUGAGAAACAUGGGAUAAAGGUGGAGGGAAUUUUGCGUCAGGCUGCAGAUGUGGAGGAGGUUGACAGAAGAAUGAAUGAAUAUGAGCAAGGAAGGACCGAGUUUGCACCGGAUGAGGAUGCUCAUGUUGUCGGUGACUGUGUAAAGCAUGUUCUGCGUGAGCUACCAUCUUCUCCAGUGCCUGCUUCCUGCUGCACAGCAUUAUUAGAAGCUUUCCGUCUAGAGAGUAAGGAAUCUCGGAUAAAUUCGAUGCGUGCAGCGAUGUCUGAGACAUUUCCCGAGCCUAAUAGGCGUCUGUUACAGAGAAUUUUGAGGAUGAUGCACACUGUUGCUUCUCAUACUACUGAGAAUCGAAUGACUCCAUCAGCAGUUGCUGCUUGUAUGGCUCCUCUCUUGCUGCGUCCACUUCUGGCGGGUGAAUGUGAGAUGGAAGAUGACAUAGACAUGAGUGAUGACAGUUCUGCUCAGCUCAUAGCUGCUGCAAAUGCUGCUAACAAUGCUCAAUGCAUUGUCACAACUCUAUUAGAGGAAUAUGAGAGCAUAUUUGAUGAUGAACACCCAAGGUGUUCCCUCUCACCCGAUUCUCGAAUUCAAGAUAGUGGAAGUGAAGAGUCUACAGAUGAUGAAACUGUGGAUGCCAAAGAUAAUGGAUUUCAUGAUGCAGAGAAUGAUGUAGAUCAAGAAUUAGAUGAGCGUAUACUGAGUGGAAACUUGAGUGAAAGCAGUGCACGUACUGGUGCUGACCUCUAUGACUACCAGGUAGACCCUGGUGAUUCAGACGCCGAACGUUUUGUCACAGAUAAGGCUUUGGAAGCAAAGUCGGAUUUAAAGGAUGCUCCACACAGCCAUUUAAAUCAAAAUGGGACGAUAAAUGUCCAGAGAUUACCGAAUGGAAAUGAUCCAACAAAUCUGGCUUCCAGUCAUGAGUCUCCGUUGUCAAUGGGAGAGAUUCUUUCGUCUUUGGAUGCAGGAGUUCCUUUACCUGGUCCUGGAGCUGAACGUUCUGCAGAUAGGCAGUCCAUCAAGUCCAAUGAAACUCAGCUACAUGUGAAGCGUUCUAAUAUUUGGGGACGGAGUAAUGCAAGAAAGAGCCAGCAGUCAGAGUUUGUUGAUUCAUCGGGUGAAGAAGAGCUUGCUAUCCAAAGACUUGAGAUUGCAAAGAAUGAUCUGCAAAUUAGGAUUGCGAAAGAGGUAAGGAAGGAACACAUAUUCUGUAAUUGUAGGCCUGUGAUGUGGGGAUCUUGCAAACUAACUGAAAAUUCUUCUCAGACUAGAGGUAAUGCAAUCUUACAGGCUAGUUUGGAAAGAAGAAAGCAAGCUCUGCAUGAGCGCCGUUUGGUGCUGGAACAAGAUGUAUCAAGGUUGCAAGAGCAGCUGCAGGCUGAAAGGGAUCUUAGAGCUGCAUUAGAAGUUGGAUUAAGCAUGUCUUCUGGACAAUUUUCUGGUUCACGUGCUAUGGACUCAAAGACGAAGGCAGAGCUUGAGGAGAUUGCUCUCGCAGAAGCUGAUGUUGCAAGGUUAAAGCAGAAGGUUGCAGAGCUGCAUGUCCAACUUAGUCAACAGCGCCAACACCAGUACGACUCUUUCGUAGACGAGAAUGAUCGUUAUCACCAUCGUCCAAGUCAUCUCCCACAGAGCUUUGUUCAACCAGGGUUUGAUACUAAACUUGCUUUCUGUAAUCAAGAGAAGAAGCAGAGGAACGAGGAGAGCUUGUCGGGCGCAUCACACUGGAGAAGUAUCAAACAGCACGUGCUGACCCAGGCUUCUUCGAAGCCCUUCUCCCGCAAGCACUCCCUGGAUGCCUCUUCGAGUGAUUCAAGGGAGGUGUCGUCAAGCAUGCCAGUGGAGAGCGGUUCAAUGUCCGCGAACAAUCCAAGAGCAGGGGAGGCUGUCGAGUAUGGGAGGCAACCGCCCGUGCCGUCGUCCACCUUGGUUGAGCUGACGACCAGACUAGAUUUCUUCAAAGAACGGAGGUCGCAGUUGAUGGAACAGCUCCACAGUCUUGAUUUAGGACAUGGAUCCGCGCCGCAUGGUUUUCAGUACAAGUCUUCGUCACCUUGGAACAGUCCGAGAUAGGAGGAGGUUUUGGUUUUUUCUAGUUCCACGUUUGUAUAUUCUUGGUAAAGGAUAUUCGCCCCUUCUUUCGUUAGUUGUAGCAAGCUGCUAGCGAGAAUGUAUAUUCCUUUUUCUUGUUUAUUUUUUGGCUGUGCAGCAACCUCAUCCGAGUGUGAUUUUGUAAUGCUUUUGUAAUGUAAUUUAUGUACGUAACGAUUUAAGGGAUUGACACUUGUUUUGAGAGCA